AUCAGCUGCCCUCAGUCUGUGUGUUCAGUCGCUGAAGUGGUGCACUCUGGGAAAUAUACUCAAGGCUUGUUGGUCGAGAAAACAUGCAGUCGAUAUUUGCAAUAAAUGGAUUAGAAACUCUGGAGCCGGUGAAGGCUCAGGUGAACGGGUCCAUCCCGUCCUGGCUGCAGGGGACUCUGGUGAGGAACGGACCGGGUCUGUUCUCCGUGGGCAGCUCAGAGUACAACCACUGGUUUGACGGCAUGUCGCUCCUCCACAGCUUCACCUUCAGCAACGGUGAGGUGACCUACAGGAGUAAGUUUCUGAAGAGUGAGACGUACAAAAGUAACAUCAAGGCCAACAGGAUUGUCGUCUCUGAGUUUGGAACCAUGAUCUACCCAGAUCCCUGCAAAAACAUAUUUUCCAGGGCAUUCACGCACCUCUGCAACAUCAUCCCAGACUUCACCGAUAACAACUUGAUCAACAUCAUCCGCUACGGUCAGGACUACUACGCCUCCUCUGAGGUCAACUACAUGAACCAGAUCGAUCCUGCUACCCUGGAGACCGUCGGCAGGAUUAACUACAGGAACCACAUCGCUCUGAACUUGGCGACGGCUCACCCUCACUACGACAACGAGGGCAACACCUACAACAUGGGCACCUCCCUCGUGGGCUUGGGUCUGCCCAAAUACGUCAUCUUUAAAGUCCCAGCUGAUGCUUCAGAUAAAGAGUGCAGGAAGCCGGCGCUGAGCAAAGUCCAGCAGGUGUGUUCGAUCCCGUUCCGUUCCACUCUGUUCCCGAGCUACUACCACAGCUUCGGCAUGACCAACAACUACAUCGUGUUCGUGGAGCAGCCCUUCAAGCUGGACAUCGUCAGACUGGCCACGGCCUACUUCAGAGGGGUCAACUGGGGGAGCUGCCUCAAGUUCGACAAGGACGACAUCACUUUGUUCCACGUCGUCAACAUAAGGACGGGGAAGGCCGUGUCCACCCGUUUCCACGGCGACGCCCUGGUGGUCUUUCACCACAUCAACGCGUACGAGGACGACGGCCACGUGGUGUUCGACCUGAUCAGCUACGAGGACAGCAACCUGUACGAGAUGUUCUACAUCCAGAACAUGAAGCAGGAGACCGACAGCUUCAUCCAGACCAACAAGAAGUUCUUGCCGCCGGUGUGCCAGAGGUUCGUCCUGCCGCUGGACGUCCACAAGGACGCUCCCAGAGGAUCAAACUUGGUGACGCUGACGGACACGACGGCCCAGGCGGUGAUGCAGGAGGACGGAUCCGUCUACUGCAAACCAGAAACUCUGUUUGAAGGCAUGGAGCUGCCGGGAAUCAACUACAACUUCAACGCGAAGAAGUACAGAUACUUCUACGGCUCCAGGUUGGAGUGGUCGCCUCAUCCCAACAAGAUGGCCAAGUUUGACAACGUCACCAGGAAACACGUGGAGUGGCAUCAGGAGAACUGCUUCCCUUCAGAGCCAGUGUUUGUUGCGUCUCCGGGAGCCGUGGAGGAAGACGACGGUGUGAUCUUAUCGUCCGUAAUCUCUCCGGAUCCGAACAUCACUCCGUUCAUGCUCGUCCUCGACGCCAAAACCUUCACGGAGCUCGCCCGGGCCUCCAUCCCCGCCAACGUCCACAUGGACCUUCACGGACAUUUCAUCCCGGCCGCCGUCUGACGGACUAACAAACCCGCUGGAUUCUUUAUUUAUUCCUUUCAUGUAAAUUCUGUAAUAAGAGUCGAACUCUUUCUACACAAGAGAAGGUUAAGUUUUGUUUUUUAAGUUAUUGUUAUUCUUUUUUUUUUGCAUUCUUAAAGACAGAUUUAAGAGAUUAGCCGGAUAUCCAUUACGUGUCCUGCUCCCCAGAGGAUAACCCCUUUUAAAGUCCCAUCCUCAGGACACAUUUUUGCCCAGUAAGAUGUAUUUUUUAAGAUAACAUUUGUUUUUUAGUUUCCUUUCUCUCACCUCUUUACUUUAAAGCCAAUUGUUGAAAUGUUUCAACGUCCUUCACUGUUAAAUCCUGCAUUCAGGCUGCAGAAACUGAAAUAAAAUGAGACAAACAGCCAAAAGUGUUCAUGUUUUACGUUAAAGCUUCAUGUUUAUGAUUAAAAUCAGCUUUAACGUUUAACAUCACAGCUUUUUAUCUGCUUCUUUUCACUCAA